AGAGGAGUGGCACUGACCAUCGCAAAAUCAGCACAACUUUCUCUCUGCGUAUUUCUUUGGAAUAUAAUUGUUUUAUCGUCUGGAAGAGAAAAACCAUCUGCGGUCACUUUAUUACAAGGUUGUGACUUCUUGGUGGAGUUUGUCAUGGCAGCAUUAACAAGUGGAGAGCAGGCAAUCAAAUAUCUCAUUUUCGUCUUUAAUUUUUUUAUUUGGCUUGCAGGUACAGGAGUCCUGGCUGUUGGACUCUGGCUACGUUUUGACAAGCAGACUGCGGGCCUUUUUCAAGCGACUGAUGCCCCUUCCACAUUCCUUGUUGGUGUUUACAUCCUCAUUGUGGCUGGGGCACUUAUGAUGGUGGUUGGCUUCCUUGGGUGCUGUGGAGCCCUCAGAGAGUCUCAAUGUAUGCUGGGAUUGUUCUUUAUUUUCCUGCUCAUCAUCUUUGCAGCAGAAGUGGCCGCAGGAAUCUGGGGGCUGUCCAAUAAAGACAAGAUUGUUCAAGAGGUAAAGCAAUUCUACGAGCAGACCUAUACAACCUACCAAUUGACAAAGCAGCCAGCACUGAAAGAAACUUUGACAGUCAUUCAGCUUGGUCUUCAGUGCUGUGGUCCAACUGGAACUGUUUUUGAUGGUGCUGCAGACACCUGCCCAAAGAAGGAGGGUUUGGCUCAGUUAAUCACAACGAGUUGCCCGGCUGCAAUAGAUGACUUGUUUAAUUCCAAGAUGCACAUUAUUGGAGGUGUGGGCAUUGGCAUUGGUGUGAUCAUGAUCUUUGGCAUGCUCUUCAGCAUGUUGCUCUGCUGUGCUGUCAGACGAACGCGAGAUGUUGUGUAAAGGGACUUGCGGAUUCUUCCACUUCGCAACUACCUGUCUGGCCUUUAAGUGUAGGCCAUGUGUUCACUGCCAAAGCACACUGCUUCAACACCCCUUAAUAUAUUAAAUUGUGUUUCUAAUGCAGUUGCAUACCCGGGUGAAAAUAUCACUGGAGACCACUGUUUAUACCCCUAAGUUCUACCAUAACAGAUUAUCUGGUUUGCUUGUGUAUUUUUACUUUUUGCUUAUGGUGUGUAUGUGUUGAGGGUUUUUUUAAAAAAUUUUUUUAUUUUAACUAUAUUUAGCAAAAGUGACUUUUUUUUAUAACCAUAUUUUCCCCAUGUAUCUAUACUGGAUAGUUAACUCUCUGAAAUACUUAAUAAAAUUACAACUCAAUAGUUUGAUUUUCUUGUACAAGAUCAUAGGCAGGAGAAAUCAUUGAGCAGCAUUUACAACUCAAAUUAUUACAGCACUGACUUCUGCACCUUCAAGGUACUGGCUCAUAAAACAUUUCAACUGUUGGAUAAAGAAGGUAAAUCACAAAGAUUAAAAAAAUUCAUUGACUUAAUUUAAGUUAUGGCAGAUUUUAUGUUUAGUACACUUAAACUGAAUAUUUGCUGUAUGAAACUGAAUAUGAGCAGUUUAACUUUUUGCACAAAUAAAGAGCAGUCCAAUCACUCUGUGGUUAAGUGUAGAUGGCUUAAUGUUUUCAGUUGUAUUUAGUAGAGAAUCAAGCAAUGGGGCAUGCUAGGAAAAUAAUGACUGGGGUGGGUGUGAUGCCAUUACCACCAUGAAGUUGAUUAUUUUCUAAUGACUGCAAAUCAAAAAGCAUUUUAUUCCACUUGUACCACAGCAAUUUGCCAAAUUCUAACUUUUUCUUUUCUUUUUUUCCCCACUUAAAGACCAUUUUACACAUUUAAUCUGUUAUGUUAAAUUUAAUAUUGUGGAAUAUCAGUUAUGCCUUCCAGUCUGCAGUUCAAUGCAUAAAAUCAUGUAGGCAUGGGUCAAGAGCUUAAGUUAAUGUUCACAAACCUCAGAAUGAGGGGGAAAAAAUAUGAUCCGUGUCUUUGACUGUGUCAUGGUUGUUUGUGCCAGACAGGCUGCUUUCAGGAACUGCUGACCACAGUUGUGUGCAGGAAACUAUAGUAGAAAGCAUAGUAAAAGUCCUUUUCUAAAUGACCCACAUGCAUAUCAAAUCAUGCCAUUUCUUUGAUCUUAAUGUUGCAAUAUUAGGAUUGCCCAUUGUGACUAAUAGGUUAAACCUUUUUAUUCUUUCAGUCUGCCCUGUACCUAUAAGGCUUAUGUUGUGUCAUGGCUAGCUGAAUGCUAACUACUGUAUCUAGUCACUGACUCUCAAUACUAGUUGCUGCGAUCAGUUUACAAUAAGUUAUGUUAUAGCUAGGCUUGGGCUAUGAGGACAUGACCGUGCUUACUGUACUGCUUAUGAAACUGCUACAUUUUUAAAUCAAGGGUUUUUAGAGACAGUCUUGAAAAAUAUCCACUGACUUUCAGACAUAUUGUAACACACGUGUUCAGCUGUAGAGUAUUAUAGAAUUUUGUUUCUCUUGAAUCACUGUUUUUAUAGGAUGAUUUUAUCAGUGAGUGUUCCUGUGCAAAUAAGUUGCUUAUGGACAUAGGGAACCACCUUCUGAAACCUUUAUUACCUACUAAGGAGAUGUAGAAACUUCUAUACAAUUCCUGAAUAUUUAUCAUUUUGUAAUGUAUGAGAAAUUGUUUUGUGUACACCUCCAUUAUAAAAGAGCUAUGCCUCCUCUGAUCGUGGAUUAGUUUAAGUGAUAACUCAGUGCUGCUGUAUUGCUGAGGUGUGCUCCAUCUGCACAGGAAGAAUGGCGUUCUCUCAUUUGGGUCUGUAAGUUUGUCUGCUGGUUUUAUUUAGAGAAUAGGGGGAAUUCACAAAAUAGUCUAUUAAUGUAACUUAUGCAGCCAGCUGUGGUUUUACUUGCUAGUCAGUGAUGGUGCAGAUAGUCUAAUUAAAUAAUGCCAGCUAUGUUUGCAGAUUAAACUAAACCACCCUCGAAGUUACUUUUUAAAAAAAUAAAUAA